UUUUCCCCGCCUCUGGCCUGAUAUCACAGUCUUCAGAAAAAGAGGAUCUGCAUCUGGAAAUCAGAAUAAAACAAGCAGGCUGCACCCUGAGAGGCCGUCCUUGGUUGCUGGGAGCCCUUGUGCCGGGCCUUCUCUCCCUGUUGACUUCCAGAAACAAGCUGCUGUCUGGGAGGCAGAAGAUGCCCCACUCCAGUCUGCAUCCAUCCAUCCCACGGCCCAGGGGUCACAGGGCCCAGAAGGCAGCCUUUGUCCUGCUAGGUGCCUGCCUGGUGGCCCUUUGGGGGCUGGGGGAGCUGCCAGACUACACUCUCCAGUGGCUGGUGCUCCACCUGGCCUCCCAGCAGAUGGGACUGCUGAUCAAGGGGGUCUGCAGUCUGGCCGAGGAGCUGUGCCACGUCCACUCCAGGUACCAAGGCAGCUACUGGAAGGCUGUGCAGGCCUGCCUGGGCUGCCGCAUGCACCGUGGGGCCCUGCUGCUGCUGUCCUGCUAUUUCUACCGUUCCCUCCCAGACGUGGCUGGCCUGCCCUUCACUUGGAUGCUUGCUCUCCUGGGCCUCUCACAGGCACUUAACAUCCUCCUGGGUCUCCAGGGCCUGGCCCCAGCAGAGAUCUCUGCAAUCUGUGAAAAAAGGAACUUCAAUGUGGCUCAUGGGCUGGCCUGGUCAUAUUAUAUUGGGUACCUGCGGCUGAUCCUGCCAGGGCUCCAGGCCCGGAUCCAAAUUUACAAUCAGUUCCACAACAAUGUGCUACGGGGUGCAGGAAGCCACCGGCUGCACAUCCUCUUCCCGUUGGACUGUGGGGUGCCUGACGACCUGAGCGUGGCUGACCCUAACAUUCGCUUCCUACACAAGCUGCCCCAGCUAAGUGCUGACCGUGCUGGCAUCAAGGGCCGGGUUUACACCAACAGCAUCUAUGAGCUUCUGGAGGAUGGGAAGCUGGCAGGCAUCUGUAUCCUGGAAUAUGCCACCCCUUUGCAGAUUCUGUUUGCUAUGUCACAGGAUGGCCGAGCUGGCUUUAGCCGGGAGGACCGGCUUGAACAGGCCAAACUCUUCUGCCGGACACUUGAAGACAUUCUGGCAGCUGCCCCUGAGUCUCAGAACAACUGCCACCUCAUUGUCUACCAGGAACCCGCAGAGGGAAGCAGCUUCUCCUUGUCACAGGAGAUUCUCCAGCACCUUCGGCAGGAGGCAAGGGAGGUUACCAUGGGCAGCGUGGGGACCUCGGUGAUGCCCAUUCCCUCCACACUGUCCCAAGAGCCUGAGCUCCUCAUCAGUGGCAUGGAAGAGCCUCUCCCGCUCCGCUCAGAUGUCUUCUGAGGCCCAGGGUCACCUUCCCUGAGCCCCUGAUCAUCCCCAAGACUCUGGAUUGGAGGAUUUCUUUCUUCGGCCUAGCAGAGCUAUUUCCUCCCAUAGGGGGCCUCUCAGAAAAGGUCCCUGAGUUUGACAUCUCAAGAUGAAUCCUAUGACCUUGGGCAAGUUGUUUCACCUCUCUGAGCCUCUGUGUCCUCAUCUAUGAAAUGGGAUUAUAAUCAUUGCCCUACCUACCUCACACGGUAGUUUUUGUGAGGACUAUGGCUGUAUGGGUUUUCUGUAAACUCUAAAUGCCAGGUAAACUUAAAGGAUCUUCCAGGUGUCUUCCAUUGGACCCUCAGACCUACUCUCUACCUCUCUUCUGUCCUGGGAUGGCUUCAACAGGCUCCUUUGCCCUCUGGCUUCUGGUCACAUUCAGUCAAUGGGGAGCCCCAGUGGGAGAAGGAGGGGAAGGGAAGGGUGAGCUUGGGGUAUCUAUUCCCCCAGGUCCCUCCCUGCAAUAUCAAGGUCACUGUGGGCUCUCUCUAGACCUAAAGGACCCUUUCGGUAACCCUGUCUAUCUCCAGGUCUCAUUAACUUCCUCUUCCUCAUGCCCCUUCAGUCCUGGCAGUGGUAUUGGAGCCUCACUGAUGCUCAGUCUGGAGCGCUCACUCUCACUUGUAAUUUCCUUACACCUGCUCUUUCUAAAUAGUCCCCUUUUUAUUUUGAUUUUUAAGAAUUUUUUGGCCACACCAUGCAGCAUGUGGGAUCUUAGUUCCCUGACCAGGGAUUGAACCGGCACCCCCUGCAGUGGAAGCUUGGAGUCUUAACCACUGAACCACCAGGGAAGUCCCUAAGUAGUCCCCCCACUCAGAUUAUUUGAGCAUGCCAUCUUUUUCUGGCCAGACUCUGACUGAUACAGGCCGUUGGCCAUUAUUAUCUGCAAUGUCCAACUCUGCUUGCACAGACACAUUUCCUUACACCCCUCCUCAUCCUAGUACAGGGCCAUAGGGUGGUAGCUAUCAUUUCAGUGUAGACAGAGCCCAUCAGUUGGGCUGAGGGUAUAGAGCUGAGCAGCAGCCCCACUCCACCUUCCCUUUCAGUGCCCUGUCUCCAGUGGGAGGCUUGGGGGACAGGGAGGGGCCUGCACCAGCACACAGAUGCCAUGAGGGUUACACACAUGUAUCCUGGGCAAGGGGUUGCUCAAAGAAGCAGGGGCCAUUGAAUAAAUGUCUCCGGAUGAGAGUCCCCUGGAUAACGGGGGAAGAGGUUUGUGUGAGGUGAUGGGAUAUACGCUGGGGACCUUGGACAACACAGCUGGCCACCUGCCAUACUUUGUGCCAUCACUGUUAGACCUGAGCCAUUGCAAUGACACCGUGGUGGCAAAAUUGCCCCCAUCUGGGAGGCCGGACAGCCCAUUUCUGUCACUUCCAUCCAUUCCGCCCAAGACUUAUUCCCUCCCUCCCACCUUUGUUUUUAUCACAAAUGCUCAAUAAGAAUUUCUGAGUACAGUAUUACUGUGGAAAAAAACUGCACACACAGACACACAUUGGCCAGAAGCAAUGCACCGCUCCCAAGGAUGACAGAGAGUAAAGAGAGAGCCAAGGGAGUGAAGGACGAAACAGUCUCCUCUCCUCCCCCACUGUGCCAGCCAUUCUGCCCCUGACGAUCCCCCAACUUCACAUCAGUCAUUCCAACACCUAAAAACCAGCCCAGAAUUAAGGGUAUCCCCAACAUAACCUUUCCCUACCCAUCCGGCCCCCAACAUGGUGCUCAGACUAUGUAUGGAGUCUGAUGGCCCCAGGUUCAAAUCCUGAUUCCACCACUUAGUACUUGUGUCCUCCUAGGUGUCUUGAUAUC